AUGGACCAGCCAGCUGGCUUGCAGGUGGACUACAUCUUCCGGGGUGUGGAGCACGCCGUUCGGGUGAUGGUUUCCGGGCAGGUCCUGGAGCUGGAGGUGGAAGACCGAAUGACCGCCGACCAGUGGCGGGGAGAGUUCGACGCCAAUUUCAUCGAAGAUUUGACGCACAAGACAGGGAACUUCAAACAGUUCAACAUCUUUUGUAACAUGCUGGAGUCGGCCCUCACUCAGAGCAGUGAGUCAGUCACCCUCGACUUACUGACCUACACCGACCUGGAGUCCCUGCGAAACCGCAAGAUGGGAGGCCGCCCUGGCCCCUUGGCUCCGAGGUCGGCCCAGCUCAACUCCAAGCGCUACCUGAUCCUCAUCUACUCCGUGGAGUUUGACAGGAUUCACUACCCGCUGCCCCUCCCGUACCAGGGCAAGCCGGACCCUGUGGUCCUGCAGGGCAUCAUCCGCUCGCUGAAGGAGGAGCUGGGCCACCUGCGAGGGCCGGGCGGCCAGGAGGCUCGGGACGCCCGCGAGGCGGAGCUCUGGCACCUGCGGGAGCAGGUGUCGCGCCUGUCCGCGGAGAAGCGCGAGCUGGAGGUGCAGCUGGAGCGCUCGCGCGAGGAGGCGCUGGCCGGCCGGGCGGCGCGCCAGGAAGCCGAGACGCUGCGCGGGCUGGUGCGCGGCCUGGAGCUGGAGCUGCGGCAGGAGCGCGGCCUGGGGCCCCCGACGGCCCGCCGCGCCCAGGACUCCCGGCGCCUGGCCAAGGAGCUGGAGGAGGUGAAGGCGUCAGAGCGGAGCCUGCGCGCGCGCCUAAGGACGCUCAACAGUGAGCUGGCCCUGUACAAGCGCGGGAGGCGGACGCAAGCGGGCCUGCCGCCUUCGGCCCGGGAGGGCCGCACCUCGUCCCGGGAGCGCUCCACGUCGCGAGGCCGCGGGGCCGCCCGCUCCUCUUCGCUGGAGAGCGGCCGCGGGAGUCGGGGUCGGGCUCGCCCCACGCGCCCCUCUCCCUCGCCCACAGGUGGUCGCACAACCCGUUUCGACCCCACGGCUUUUGUGAAGGCAAAGGAGAAGAAGCAGAAAGAAUUCAAGAUGAAGCAGCAGCGGAACCGACUUGGCAGCGGAGGCAGCGGGGACGGCCCGACGAUCUCCUGGGCUCGUCAGCCCCGGCACCCCGCCGCCGUGAGCGCUCGCGGGGACGCAGCGAACCGCUCCCGACACCGCAGCUCCUCCGUGGACAGUUUCCGCAGUCGCUGCUCGUCCGCCAGCUCCUUCAGCGAGAUGGACGAUUUCUCAGAGUCACUCUCCAGAGGAGCUCGUCUCAGCCGCAGGAAGCCUGCCAGCCCCACAAUGUGGACUAGAUCCACUACGCAGCAGAAGUCCACUCCCGUGGCACGUGGCCACCAUCAAAGACGCCUAGGCAGUUCAGGGGGCUGGGUCCCCAUCAAAGACUACAGCUCAGACCACCAGGCAGCUGACAUGGCCGAAAUAGACGCUCGCCUGAAGGCCUUGCAGGAAUACAUGAACCGACUGGACACGCGGUCCUGA